AUGACGAGUGUUGCAAGAACGAGCGAGCCUUAUCGAGCAGUCGUGAAUGAGGACUGGAAAGCGAUGGAAAGAUACUUCAUGAAACAUAAUGAAGCCCUGUAUUUUCCCCUGACGGUCACCAAGGACAACGCGCUUCAUAUCACAGUGUACAGCGGAAACGUUGAAUUGCUCGAAAAAUUUCUCAGUGUUGAUGCAAUGGUGGAGUUGGAGCUGCAUGAGUUGCAGAAUGAAUAUGGAAACACACCACUUCAUGUGGCGGCUGCAGAAGGAAGUGUUAAAAUGGCAAGUCUCUUAAUUGAUAGAGACAGAAAGCUACUUGAAACUGUAAACAGGGGAGGUGAAACUCCUUUGUUUACUGCCGCUGCAUUUGGUAGGACAAAGAUGGUUGAGUUUUUAGCUCCUCAAGUUCAGGACUGGAGAGAGCACCGCAGGAGAAACGACAGCGUAUCCGUUCUUCAUGUAGCUGUCAUCGGCCAAAACUUUGAAUUGAGGGAUGAAAAUGGCAUGACAUGUCUUCAGCUGCUCGCUAACAUGACAUCUGCUUUCAAGAGUGGAUACCCCAUGAACAUAUUGGAGGAGCUACUCUAUCGCUGCCUUCCAGAUGACGACCAUGACACGCAUAAUUCUUCUAGUCGAAGACAAGAUCCAGAGAGUGGCUGCGACAGGAGUUCCCCUCCGGUUUCUGUAUUGCCAGCCAUUGGAAGACUUUGGGAAAAAAAAAAGCAGCACAAGGUAGUGAAAGAGCUUGCUACCAUUCUAGCUAAGAACGACGUUAGCUGGAUUGAUAUAACAAACGUUGGGGGAAAUCCUGAAACAAUCUAUCUGAUCCCCAACAUUAAUGUAACUAAAACAGGAACAGAUCAACAACAGAGCAAGACCUCAGAAAAGAUCUCAUCUCAUGAGACUCCACUAGUUUCAGCCGCAAAAAAUGGGAUCACUGAGAUUGUUGAGGUCAUUCUUAAACUGUAUCCUCAGGCAGUUGAGAACGUAAAUGCCGAGGGUGAGAACAUAUUUCAUGUUGCAGCAAGAUAUCGAAGGAAAGAAAUCUUGGAUCUUCUCCGACAUUCGGAUGUUCCGAGAUCGAGGCUGACAAGGAGGCUCAACCGCAAUGGUGACAGCAUUUUGCAUCAAGCAGCAUACUACAGUAGUAAGCGUCAGCUGAGGGACAGGCCAGGGGAAGCCCUUUUAAUGCAGUCAGAGAUACAAUGGUUUAAGCGAGUGCGGAAAAUGGUGCCUCCAUAUUUCAUCAACCACCGAAAUAAUAAUGAUCAAACUGCUGACGAAUUGUUCAGCGGCGAACAUAAGGAUCUGAUAAAUGAUGGCCGAAAAUGGAUAGAUCAAACAACAAAGGCAUGCACUAUAGUUGCUGUCCUAAUAGCCACCGUCGCUUUUACCUGUGCCUACACCAUUCCUGGGGGUCCCAACUCAAAAACUGGCCAUCCGUUGCUCCUCAACGCAACUUCAUUUCGGGUUUUCACAAUCUCAGACACGUUAUCGCUCUGUUUCUCCCUGACUUCUGUGGUAGUUUUCCUAUCCAUUAUGACAUCGAGAAUGGAUGAACAGGAUUUCAGAAGGUCUCUUCCAUUGAAGCUAGUGUUGGGUCUAACUACAUUGUUCUAUUCCGUGGCGUCUAUGAUGGUUGCUUUUUCUGCUACACUUGUGCUUAUGAUGCGGCAGAGGCUACAUUGGGCUGCAAUUCCAAUUUACUCAAUCGCCUGUUAUCCAGUCACUAUUUUUCUUAUACUUCAGUUCUCUCUGUAUGUCAACAUUGCUUGGUUUACCGCCAGUGAUCUGCUGCACAGUUUCCUUGAGUCUCUUCCUAAAAGGCCACGUACGAUUUAG